AUGUCCCGCCGUCUGCCCGCACGAACCUGGACUCCAUAUCGCGAUGAAAAUGCUCAACCGGUGUAUCGAAGACGCAAAUUCUUUCGAUAUGACGCGCUUGAUUCCAGGAAUCCCAAAGCUAUACGACUUGUUCGUGUGAAGGGAGCGCUGUGCAAUGGCUUUAUCGAUUGCGAAAUCUGGCACUCUGAUACUUCCAGCGGGUACUCUGCGCUUUCAUACGUCUGGGACCGUCCGGGAGGGCGUCAUCACAUACUCUUGAAUGGACGGACUUUCCGCGUUGAAAAGAAUCUCUGGGAUUUCUUGGACGUAGCAAGGAGGCACUUGACCAACACAACCAUUUGGGUUGACGCAAUCUGCAUCGCCCAGGAUGACCUCCACGAGAAGAAUCACCAGGUCCAGAUGAUGUCAACCAUCUAUUCACAAGCAAAGAAGGCAUUUAUAUGGCUCGGGUCAGAAUGGAGCUUUGCAGGCCAAGCGCUGAAGUUAAUCAAUACAAACGCCGGCUCAAGCGAUGUGGACAUCAUCGAAGCCUGCAUGCAAAACCAUGGGUUUUGGGAGGGGCUCAACGAGAUACAUCGAUCGGAUUACUGGCACCGAGCUUGGAUUUUACAGGAAUUCGUACUGCCGCGGCAGGGCAUACUGAUGGCGAACGAGCAUUUCACCGACUUUGAAGCCUUUCAAAAACUAAUUGGGCGUAUCGAGCUCAUCCUAAGCACGGCUCACUCCACGAGCAGCUUGAGUUCCAUUGGCCAGAGCUUUUACUCGACGGUCACUCUUGGAGGUAGAGAUUUAUGGUUGAUGAGGCAGAAAGCUGCCAAGGACCAGCGGCUGAAUCUGUUCAACUAUCACACUUAUAACGGAACCCGUGGCGCGCACUGGCUCAUGCCCAAAGCAUGCAGUAAUGUUAAGGACAGGUUAUUCGCCAUCCUCGCGUUCACGAAGCACGGGUCAAGCUUUAAAGUGGACUACCACCUGAACCCUCUCGAUAUCCUUCUGGAAAGCAUAUGGCUGGAACACACCGACCGAAUAUCGAUGGUUGAACAAUUGAGCCUGACAGCAUGCCUACUGAACAUAACACCCCUGAGCAUUAUGCUGUAUUCGGACAGGAGGCAGCAGAUGCUCAGAGAUACUUGCAGCGGCAAGACUGUGGCGAUUCCUGCGGAUGUAGACCCCCUGCAUUCACGUUCUGCAAGUUCAAAACUCGACAGCGAGAGAUGGCUGAGGCUCGCUGCUCCAAGUCGCGAGAUCUCGGGCAGAUUUUGGGAUCCAUGGUCUUCAUGCGCUUCCGAAGGGGAGGAAGUGACUCUCCUAAACGGACUGUAUGUUCCUCGGAAAGCUCGUAGACGAUUUGCACUAUCAUUUGACGGGUCUGACGUCUUUCUGGUGGUCGCCGUCUCCUUGGCCGACCAUGGGCCAACUGAACCCAAACUCGCCUCCCCACUGGACCGGGAUACGGUCUUCGUCAAUGACGACCUCACCGAUGACGAAUUUCUGGAGCAGCGACCGAAGUGCUGUCGAGUCCAUCGCAUUUAUGACGCUACUUGCACGCCGAAGCCCAUGAGGGUGUAUUAUGCGUUGCUGGAAAAUCCUUUGAUGCUUACCGAAGUACUACCCCGAACCUUUGACGAUGGACAGGAAGCUACAGAUGGGUCGAUGACCUCGGUAGGGAGCCGCUGA